AGCUUAUGCUUGCUGGGCCUGUUGCAGCGGCGGCUGCGCUAUUGUCGCGUCCAUCUCGAGGAGAAAGUCCUGCAGCGCGUCAUACACCGUGGCGCAUUUCGGGACGAUGUGGCCUUGCUGGUGCACGUGGCGUGUGACGAGGCCUGGCGUCGCGGCCUCAAAGAGCGCGGCGAGCUGCUCCGACUUGGCAGCCGACACGACGCGGUCGUUGAUGCCAUAGGCGUGGAACGACGCGACGGUCGGGACGAGGCCGCUGGCGAAGAUGGACGCGACGUCGCGCGGGUCACAGUAGCCGCCAAGAAAGACCGCCACGGACGGCGCCCACCCGAGCUCGUGCUUGGCAAAGUUGGAGCAGAGCCACGAGGCGAGGACGGCACCUUGGGAGAAGCCAAGGACGCCGUCGAACGGCCCGUCGCGUUCCAUGGCGUCGCCGACGUAGCGCAAGAGAUGGGCGCGGUCGGCCAUCGCGAGCGGUUGCGCCGGGUCCCACCAGGCCUUGAAGCCUGUCGUGUCCACUUGCUUGCUCGAGGUCGCGACUACCUUGGGCACAAGGUUGAUGGGGCCAUCGAGGAAGGCAAGCUCCACGCCAUGCAUGCCGAGAUGCGCGGUCUUGGAGCGGAAGAUGCAGCUGCGCUGGUACAUUCCAUGGAGACACAGAAGCUUCAUGCUGGCCGGAAUCCGUGA